CCACGUGACAAUGUUGACAGGUCUCCGACGUCAGCAAAGCGCGACAUUCCUGAGUAUACCGGGGUCACCCUCACGUGUGUGGAUUGUCGGUGUGCGGGGCAUUGAUCGGGAUCAUGGGGCGGGAAAAGAGAGUGAGAAAUAUUGCCGAGAUGGCCCGAAAAAUCCGGGAGUACCGGGCGCUGAAGAAUCGGCCGACAGAGUCCCAGAGAUAUGCUAUGGACUAUGAGAAUUUGACCCGGCCUUUUACAGGUAAGCGGAUGCCCGUCCUUGCUUGGGAGGACAUCAAGAAUGAGAAGCGGCUGUUCUCUCUACUCCCUGGUCUGAGAUCGUUUGGGAUCGGAAGGAUGGUGACCAAGAAGUCUUGGCUGGAGGACUUUGAUGAGCCUUGCUACUGGACUAUUACUAAGGUCAAAGUGGAUUACACAGCCGAGAACAUGGACCAUGGACAAGCUUGGGGUUAUUUAACAUAUCGAGGUAAAACGGUGUCUGAAGAGAAGGAGAUCAGCAAAGUCAUGUACCAUGACUGGCGUCUUAUACCACGGCAUGAAGAAGAGACCUUCAAGAACUUUAUCCCAGUUCCGGAGCCGGAACCCAUCCGCUAUGUGCGGUACCCGCCACUCCUGAGGGCAAUGUUUCUGGCUCAGUUGCAGAAAGAAGGAAAGCCCCUAACAGAACCCAUGCUGGACAUUGGGAGAUUACGUGAAUCUGAUCAGGAGCUCAAAAACGAGCUUAGAGUGAGGAGAGCCAAAACGGGGACACCUGUGUGAUAAGGGCAUGGACCUCUAAUACUUCAUAGAAACACAGAUUCCUGUAGUUGUCAGCGCAGUUUGGCAACGAAGUGUAUGUGUAUAGUAUCCCUAAACGGGGGAAAAAAAUGCUCAUUAAAUUUAGAGCUGUAAUCACCCCUCUGUUUCUAACACCAAAACCAACAUGAUUAAUAUCGUUCUAUAUGGA